AUGCUUGUACUGACAACAGCCUCGUACCUGUUCUUCAGUCAAAUCAAGUUCAGCGGUACUGCCUUCAAGUCCACUGGAAGACCGAGGCAUACCGUGUGCUUCCUGAAGACGCACAAGUGUGCCAGCUCCUCGGUGCAGAACCUGCUUAUGCGUUUUGGGGAGCGGCGCCGUCUGACGUUCGCGCUGCCCUGGUUCGACAUCUACUUGGGGCACACGGACCUUCUCAACCGGACGAUGGUGGAGGGAACGCCACCCUUCGACAUGCUGGUGCACCACACGCGAUUCCAGGAGGAUGAAGCACGGGCCCUACUAAAGCCGGACGUCGUCUUUGUGACCAUCGUGCGGGAGCCUGCUUCCCUUUUCGAGUCACUUUUCUCCUACGGCGACCUCAAGGAACACGUUAAUGUCAGCCUGGAGGAGUUGCAGAGGGCCACAGAAAACGCCUCAUUCGUCAAGCAGAUGCGCGCUAUCCUGCCUGGCCCCAACCGAAAGAGGCUAGGCUUGAACCAGAUGAGCUUCGACCUGGGCUUCAAUCUGGAGCUAUCGCACAACGAGAGCGCCGUGCGAGGCUUCAUCGAGCGUAUGGACGCCGUGUUCGACCUUGUGAUGGUGGCCGAGCGAAUGAACGAGUCCCUGGUUCUACUGCGUCACUUGCUUUGCUGGGAGAUGGACGACGUCGUCGUGUUCAAGCAUAACAGGCGAAAGGGCGACUUUCGGCAUUCGCUGACCAAACAGCUGGUGGCAGAGCUGCGGGCCCUGAACUCGGUAGACACGCUCCUCUACACUUACUUCACGCAGCGCUUCGAGCAGCGCGUUGAGGCGUUCGGUCGGGAGCGAAUGCAGAGGGAAGUACAACUUUUGGAGCAGCGGACCAGCAUCUUGUACCAGCAGUGCGUAGCUGAGGAGUACAAACCUGACAAUAACUACAAGUUCAUCCGCUCACACAAGGUGCUGACCUUCAAAGCGAGAAAUGCAAGCUUGGACUUGUGCAAACGCAUGAUCGAGCCUGAGUUGCUGGUCACGGAACGGCUGCGCACUAAGCAACGAAGCCGAGGAGGUCCAGAGUGGUUCCCACAAGCUGUAGCAUAG